AUGGAAGAUUGGUCCGAGCUUCCAGUCGACAUAAUGUGCGACGUGCUCAAGCUGCUCGAGUGCCCAUACCUCGUCCGGUCCGCCGCCGUCAGCACACUCUGGUACAACGCCUACUCCACGGCACGCCGCAUCGGCAUCUGCCUUGGCCACCAAACGCCGUGUCUACUCUACUGCACCGAGGCUGCCGGGCUCAAAGCUCUUGGCAUGUACAGCCUUUCCGAGCGAAAGGCCUACACCAUGCCGUUCCCUGAAUCCCCCAUCAUCAGGAACUGGGUCGGCUCGUCGCAUGGAUGGCUAGUCGCUACGGUUGAGAAGUCUGAGCUGAUGCUUCUCAACCCGAUCACGGGUGCCAUGAUUGCGCUACCUCCGGUGACAACCAUGGAGCAUGUUAAUCCUCUCCUAAACGACGACGGUGUUCUUGAACGGUAUGAGGUGUCUUACUAUGAUGGAGCACUUCCGAGGGUAGAGAAAGGGCGUAGCGCAUUUUCUUUGGACGAGUAUGGUGACCUGGUCUAUUCUAGGCGCAACUUUGUCGUGUGA